GAGUCGAGUCCCGAAUCCAAAUCCGCCAUUGCACAGCCGGACCAGUGCCACUCGAACCCCACGUACCCUCUCUAUCCCAACCCUAGCGCGGCGGCGGCGUCGAUGGCGUCGAUGGCGUCGAUCCCGUCUGACGAGGUCUCCGAGAACGGCCACGGCAACGGAAACGGCCCAUCCCCGCCGCGCGCCAAGCGCCCCCGCGCAGCGUUGAUCUCGGCCGCCCAGAUCCGCGACGAGUUCGCGCAUCACGACCCCGCAGUUGCCCGCGUCAACAACGGCAGCUUCGGCUGCUGCCCGGCCUCCGUGCUCGAAGCGCAGGCGCGCUGGCAGCGCCUCUUCCUCGCUCAGCCCGACGCCUUCUACUUCGACGGCCUUCAGCCGGGGCUCCGCCGCUCCCGCGCAGCCGUCGCGGCCCUUGUCAACGCUGGGGACGUCUCCGAGAUUUCCCUCGUCGACAACGCUACCACCGCUGCUGCAAUCGUGCUGCAGCAUGCCGCCUGGAGCUUUGCCGAGGGGCACUUCGCUCGUGGCGACGCUGUGCUCAUGCUCCAUUACGCCUACGGAGCAGUAAAGAAAUCUAUCCAGGCCUACGUUGCCCGCGCGGGCGCCACUGUCGUCGAGGUACCCCUCCCGUUCCCGGUCACCUCCCCUGACGCCAUUAUUGCGGAGUUCCAUGCUGCGCUCGCUGUUGCCAAGGCCGGUGGUCGUAAGGUCCGGCUUGCUGUCAUUGAUCACAUCACCUCCAUGCCCAGUGUUCUCAUUCCAGUCAAGGAGCUAGUUGCCAUUUGUCGCCAUGAGGGUGUCGACAAAGUUUUUGUUGAUGCUGCACACUCUGUUGGGCAAGUCCCUGUCGAUGUGCGAGACAUUGGGGCGGAUUUCUACACUAGCAACCUCCACAAGUGGUUCUUUUGCCCCCCGGCCGUGGCUUUCUUACACACCCGCAAGGGUGGCCCGAUAACCUCUCAGCUCCACCACCCUGUUGUGUCACAUGAAUAUGGCAACGGGCUACCUAUGGAGAGUGGAUGGAUUGGGACACGGGAUUACAGUGCCCAGAUCGUCGUUCCUGAAGCUAUUCACUUUGUGAACCGAUUUGAAGGUGGGAUUGAGGGGAUACGCAGCCGGAACCAUGAGAAGGUAAUUGAGAUGGGGAGGAUGCUUGCCGAAGCAUGGGGGACAGUUCUUGGAUCACCACCAGUAAUGUGUGGAAGCAUGGCUAUGGUAGGGAUGCCUAGUUGUCUUUGCAUUGAGAGUGACGAUGAUGCACUGAGAGUGCGGACCAUGUUGAGGAAGGAUUUCAAAGUUGAGGUGCCUAUAUACUACAAUAGCAGACAGGUUAAAGUGCAAGAGAUGGCAAAGGAUAAUAGUAGUGAUCCAGUGACGGGGUAUGUAAGAAUCUCACACCAGGUUUACAAUGUCAAGGAGGAGUAUGAGAGGCUGAGAGAUGCUGUCAAUAAGCUUGUUGCUGAGGGGUUCACCAGUGCCGAAUUGAGGCCAGCUGAGAAGAUAAUAUAUUCCACUGAAGUUUGGACCGUGGCAUCUACCAUUUUUACGGUGCUUGUACUAGCCAAAGAUGCACCGUAAAAAUGCAAGAAGCUCUGGCUUGAUGACGUGGCAUCUAGCCAGCACUCCAUCCGAAGAUGGAUUAAUUAGUUGUGGAUCUGUGCCAGAAGCCUGUGCUGCACCGAGAUCGAGUUCUUUGGUAGCCCGCUCAAUGGCAUCGCCAUUUGAUGUAGUGUACUUUCACAUACUGACAAAUGUUGUAUUUGAGCUUGCAAUAACGUGCACUGGAAUGGAAUGUAUGUCUUCUCCCUUCACUUGCAUUUUUGAGCUGUAAUGUAAGAAUAAUGAUCUGAAUGCAAGGAGACUUGCAUGCUUUCUAGAUUGAUUGCAGAUUACAGACAA